UCAGCGUCGAGCUCAUCCUCGACAUCCGGCCCGACAUCUGAACCCGCCGUCAACCGCGGCGAACCGCUCUGUCGACCGUCCGAGUUCCAAUGCGGCACCACCGGACAUUGCGUCGCUCAGGACAAGUACUGCGACGGCGAGAAUGACUGCGACGACAAGUCCGACGAGCCGAGAUAUUGUACUCCUUGCAAUCGGACGUUGUACGGUGACGUCGGUCGGACCUACCGGGUGGAGAUACGCCGGCCGAGGGAGGAUCGACUGCCAUUCCUGUGUCACCUCAACUUCACUGCCGCCGGGGCCGAUCUUGGGGAUCUAGUUCAGUUAACUUUUGAUACCUUCACGGUCGGCCGCUUUCAAUCCUUCACGUCGGAAGGAUGUCCAGAUGGUUUCAUGACUAUUCGCGAGGAAGGUCGUCCCGCAACGGGAGGACAAUGGUGCGGCAGCGCAUGGGGCUAUACCGUUUAUUACAGCGAAACUCCUUCCAUCAAUCUGACUUUAUAUUUACUACGUUUAUCAGAGCAGGGUAUUGGCUACAACUUCGACUUCAAACUGUCGUACAAGUUCCUGAGAAGAAGCGAGGCUCAUCUCAGAUACGGGAACAGCAGUAUGUCCACAUGGCGCGGCGAGCUGGUGAACGGCACGUAUUGCGAUCGCGUUCUCACCAAAUGCGAUACCAGAGCUUGCCGGCUGCAGUCGCCGAAUUAUCCCGGAGUUUACCCCAGGAAUGUCACUUGCUACUAUCGGGUGGAGCAAAACCGCGCGCCACUAGGUCAUCGUGCUCUGCUUGCCGUUAGUCAACGGAACAGUCACAAGAUACACAUCAAGGACCAGGUCGUCAAGUACGACAGGAGUCAGCGAGUGUUGAGGGUGUGGGAUCAGUGCAACGUCGUGCAAGAUUACUUGACGGUUUAUGACGGAGGUUCAACCUCAGACCGAGUGCUUGUAAGACUGUGUGGAGGAGAUGCGGUGCCAGACAUCGUCAGCAGUCACAAUACGAUGUUGCUGGAGUUUCAUACAUCUCCGUACGACAAUCCGUUUCAUCCAGUUCCAUUAUCUUUCCUUCCAGGAUUUGAGCUCGAAGUUCAGGUGAUUUUUGUCGACGAGAAAUCUCGGAGCUUCGUAAAGGAAAACGACAACUGCGAUUUUUAUAUAUCCGGUGACGAAAAUUCGUCGGGCAUUUUGGAAAAUCCUAAACACUCCUUACCGCCGAACACCACCUGCCGUUAUCACUUCCAAGGAAAGCUCAAUGAGAUUGUUUGGUUGUCGUUCGUUAAAUAUUACGCCGCCACUGUGGAAGCUGCCGCGAGUAUUGACACUGCCUCUGAUUGCAACGCGAAGCUUCUAAUAUGGGACGGCGAUAUCACGGUAGACAAGCUCACCGCCAGUCGUAAAAACGUUACACUGAUGGGACAGUUUUGCAAGGACGACAUACCGCGACUCUGCGACCACAGUUUGUUGCGCAACAGCAGCCGCCACACGCGGCCUUGCAGCCUAGCCGAGAGUUACGUGUCAACCGGUCGCGAUCUCACCCUGGAGCACGUAUUGCGUCAGGGUAGCGCGCUUUAUCCGAUCAGUUUCGUGCUGCGUUACGAGUUCGUGCACGAGGCCAUUUCGUGUAACCACGUGUUCACCACGGCGUCGUCGGCGUCAUCCACGUCUUCCACGUCGCCGAUGUCGUCGUCCUCAUCGUCCUCGUCCAUGUCGUCCAACGCCGGCAAAUUUGCCUCGCCUAAGAGCGUGUUCUUCUACGGUCGCGGCGGGUCGCAGAAUCUCAGCUGCGUUUAUCGAUUCGAGGCCGAGCCCGAUCACAAGAUAGAACUGACCAUUGUCAAGGCCUCUUUCGGCGGCAAGAACUGUGCGUCUUACGUGGACCCGCUCGUGAACCGAUGGACGUGCGACCGCCGCAUGGCGGACGUCAAGAAAUCCGGCGUGGCGGAUCUAGUUGUCGCCGAAUACCCCUGGCAAGGAGUAGAACUCAUUCGCGAUUGCCUGUGCGCGAACGUGACCGAGAAGUUGACCGUGCGGACUCUGACGUCGAAUGUGGUGGAGGUCAGAUUCGCCGUCACGCUCAUGAACGUCACCCAGGAUUAUCGGGACUUCUUCUUCGAGGGCGAAUACCGUUUCGUGCCGGUGGGCGCGGAGUCGAACGAGCACGGGUGCUCGUCGAGACUCGAGGAGAGACGGUUGCGCGGCACAAGCGGCGAGAUCUCUCUCAGAAGUCCCUUGCCGCGGACGAUACCCGGCGUGAUCGCUGUAGAAGAGACCCUGGCGAACACGGAGGAUCUCACGGCGACGCAGUGCGUGAACGUGCCGUGGAUGAUCGAGCCCGAGGACGCGCGCACCAACUUCCUGUACUUGAGAACCGCCGGCUACAGCAUCACCUUGGACAACGUCGAGGACUGCACCACUCUGAAUCGCAUCAUCGUGUACUCGGCCGCGAACACAAAGGAGCGAAGCGUGAUCUGUCCGGAGGGUGGCGUCGACACGACCAGAACCGUCGACUUCUUCUCCGGCGGUUGGAAUUACAGCGCGGUGAACGCGAGCGUGGCGAUGGCGCAGCACGCGCGCAGCUUUGUCGUGGAAUUUCUGCAGAGGGAACCCGGUUUCUACGCCGUCACGUGGCUCGCGAUCUCCAAACGUUCGCCGAGCAACUACGCCAACGCGUUCGCCAUAUUACCGGCUGAGGAUUGCCCGUACAGAUGUCCGGAGAUUCAGGCGUGCAUCAGCGCGGUUCUUUGGUGCGACGGUUUGCGCCACUGUCCCUCGGGUUUCGACGAGGAAGAGGCCAACUGCUCCUAUCGCUUCGGCGUGACGCUGUUGUACGUCGCGGUGGGCGCCGGCGCCCUUGGUUUGUUUCUGAUCCUAUUGCUUACCACCGGCUGCCUCAAGUACUGCCUGUACCGGCACAAGGCGCGCAAGAAAAAGAAGAACGUCGCACUGAACGUCAAUCAUCUCCACGUGAAUCACACCCAUCACAAUAACGGUUUGACCGGCAGCCGGCUGAGCGGACGCUACAAUCUGGCCACGCCCCAGGAGAUGUACCUGGAGAAUUACGGAAAGGACAGUAUUUGUUGACAAUACGCCAUUGCCAAUAUCGAGACCACCGUGUGAAUAGUCAUGAUUUUUAAAUGCCUACCUCGCUCUGGCCCCAAACCCGCCCUCUCACCCCCCUCUCCUAACUGUUUCCCAACCAUCUCCUCUGAGUAACGGACCGGAGUGUACGGCAGCCAGACACUCCCAUCCCAGGACACAUGCACACGUGUAUACAUACACACACGUACACGUACACGUACACACACACGUACACAUAUACAUACUCUCGCAAGUAAUCGUACGAAAUCCCGUAGAAUAUGUAUAUCGAGAAUCACAUAGAAACGAGCGCACGAGAUGUGCCCGAUCAUGCAACCAAAUCUCGUUUCCCCUCUAAUCGACUCAUGACGAUCGAUUUGUUUCGGAUACUCGAGCGAAUCGCGACUCGGUUCGUUAAAUCCAAGAGACAGAGAGUAAUAUACCCGUCGCGCGCGCGCGCGAAGACGGGAUACCCCCGUACGAAAAGAUCCUCCGCGGGGCACGUAAUAUAUUCCCCCCCCCCCCGUACCCCUCGUGCGCUCGUGUAUGUGGCAUUUACGAUAAACACCGCAGUAUCAUGGUAGGGUUUAGAUUACACACGACUUAGGAGUAUAAAAAAAAAGAUAAAGAAGAAGAAGAGGAAGAAGAAAAUAAACAAAGAGAAUACGCGCGAGUGGACAAAGAGCGGCGAAAUUGGCGUUUACGCAUAACACAAUGCUUUCUAAGAGACGUAGGUUUACGCUGUUUCCGUUGAGUGCACUUUCUGCGUCGGUUGUCGAGCGAAACGUCGUCGUAAACGCGAGAGGUGCGACGACGAAGGUAAUGUGUGAUCGAAGAAGAAAAACAAGAAGGUAGCGAAAGGGAGUAAGGAAGGAGCGUCUAUAUAGAGCGCGGGAGGAACGUUUCGGAUAGCUCAUGUGUGUGAAUGACGAGAGAUGCGAUCGGCGAGAAGAGAUAUUCGGAGAAUGUGGAGAAG